AUGAAAACGUCACUUUUUGUUAUCUUGCUGAUAAUAGGAAUUGGCCAUGUGCAAGGGAAGUUUCAUCAGGUCCGGCCAGAACUUCGAGGUGAGUUAGCGUCAUGCCUUGCGGCGGUUGCAAAUCUAUGCGAUGUCAAGACCUUGUACAACAAGUUUAGACCUCUUGCCAAAGAAUAUGCUGAAGUUCAUGGAUAGUUUCACCCCCGAAGAUGAAAAACUUUUUGAGGAAACUGAUGAUUCAGGUGGACUUUCCGAGUACCUGAAGAGGGUCGGUGCCAAAAACCCCAAGCUGGCUCAGCGUGGAAGCGUUAUUGUAAAGGAUAUUGUGACGAGAAUGGCUGCCUUGGAUCAGACCACAUCUGAUUUUGUUAAAACAGUGAGUGAUUUUGACAUUGUUUAGGUAAGGGAAGGCAUUAGAGUGAACAUCUUACAAACAGAUUUGAGUAUCAUAGCAAAACAGUUUUAUAGGGGAGUGCUUAGAGCGCAACGGAUAUAUAGAACGAUGAAAUUUGACAAACAUUUUGGUCAUUACAUUUUUUUAGGUAUGCGAAACUCUUCGCUCAUGACAAUAUAAUUUGAUGACGUUUGGAUAUCUUGUCUAGUUGCUCUAUUACAUUUUUUAAGGUUAUGGGAGCGCUAGACCGUAAGCUUGGAAAGCUCAAUGACCAAGAAGUUAUCGAGACGGCCAAGGUUCUACUUGCCGGAUUCGACAAGCUCACCCUUGGGCGGAGGAGCGGUCUGAAGGCGAUGUUUCCAAGUAUUCACGACACCUUAUUAUGUGAGUUAAUGUCUGAAGAAAACAGCAAUAUAUCUCUUAUUUUUUCAGCUGACAAAUUCAAGGAGUUAGCUAAAGGCAAACUGUGA